AUGAUAAGCCACCAGGAGCAGGAUGAAAGCAAUAAUGUGCAAUUAUUGCCACUUCGCCCGACACAGCGUGUUACUACGAAUUCUGAUCCAAUGCCGAAGCAAAUUUUCGAACUAAUUGAUUACUUGGGCCCACUCGCCGUCUCAGUUGCUUUCAUCAUAGCUCUCUUCCUGAUUUCGCUGAUCAUCAACUUCUUGUGGAUUACCAAGGAAGACGAUCGCACUGUUUUUGAAAAGAAAAAGGAGGAAGCUGUGGAACUUGGGCGAAUUCGGAGUCGAGAAUGGGAAGGCGAACAACAAGAUUAUUGCAUGGUUGAACUGGGUGAACGUUGCGAUGGGCUCGGUCAGGAAUCCUCCCGUCAUUGA